UAAAAAAAAAAAAAAUUAUGAAAAUGCUGUUUCGUUUCCUUUUGAUGCAGGGCAUCGCUUCCAAGGCAAGCAAGAAAAGCUACUAAAUCGGAAAACAAAAACAAAAACAAAAAGGUUUCCAAUUCAUCCUUCCUCGGCGGCUCUGCUACUACUGAUGAUGAUGCUGCUUUUUCCGGCGGUACAAUUUGUAUGAUAACACCAACGCAUUGGUUGCUUCGUCUUCCUCUACUUGUUGUUUAGAUCUGCAGAUUCCAUCGCUCCGAUGUCCGAGAAGAUCUCUUGUCUCUGAAUUGCAUGUAACGCCAUUCUGUCUGCAAUGCCUCUCCGAUUCUCUUGAGUGGGUGGGAGUGGUGAUUUAAAAUCAUAAUGCCGUCGAAACUAGGAUCGAAAUCGAAAAGAUUGGGCUCAAGCAGCUCAAAAGCUGCUAAUUCUCCUUCAUCGUCCACAACAUCAUCAUCCAAGCAGUAUCUGGAAACAUCUGUGGAUGGCCAGAGCUCGCCAGCAUCUUCAUCGGCUCGGAGUAAGCCGCAAUUGUUUUACUCAGAGAAUUUGGUUAUGGAUAUUGAAAGGUCCAAAGAAAAUGUCUCGGUGACUGUUAGGUUUCGUCCACUCAGUCCGAGGGAAAUCCGUCAAGGCGAGGAGAUUGCUUGGUAUGCGGAUGGGGAGACUAUUGUUAGGAGCGAGCAUAAUCCAUCCAUAGCGUAUGCAUAUGAUCGGGUCUUUGGCCCUACAACUACAACACGCCAUGUCUAUGAUGUGGCUGCUCAGCAUGUUAUCAAUGGUGCUAUGGAAGGCAUCAAUGGUACAAUUUUUGCAUAUGGAGUGACAAGCAGUGGAAAGACUCACACAAUGCAUGGUGAUCAGAGGUCCCCUGGAAUUAUUCCCUUGGCAGUGAAGGAUGCUUUUAGUAUCAUACAGGAGACACCAAACAGGGAGUUUCUUCUUCGUGUUUCAUACUUGGAAAUCUAUAAUGAGGUUGUUAAUGACUUGUUGAAUCCAGCAGGACAAAAUUUGAGAAUUAGAGAGGAUGCUCAGGGAACAUUUGUUGAAGGAAUAAAGGAAGAGGUUGUUUUAUCCCCUGCUCAUGCCCUCUCUCUUAUAGCAGCAGGAGAAGAACACAGACAUGUUGGGUCCACAAAUUUCAAUUUACUCAGCAGCCGGAGCCACACAAUAUUUACACUGACAAUAGAAAGCAGUCCAUGUGGUGAAAAUAGUGAAGGGGAAGCAGUAACUUUAUCCCAACUGAACCUCAUCGAUCUGGCAGGUUCAGAGAGCUCCAAGGCUGAAACUACUGGCAUGAGGAGGAAAGAAGGAUCCUACAUCAACAAAAGUUUGCUUACACUUGGAACUGUAAUAUCAAAAUUGACAGAUGGAAGGGCCUCUCACAUACCAUACAGGGAUUCUAAACUAACAAGGCUUCUGCAGUCUUCUUUAAGUGGCCAUGGCCGUGUAUCUCUCAUUUGCACUGUUACUCCUUCAUCAAGCAACUCAGAAGAGACACAUAAUACAUUGAAAUUUGCUCACCGUGCAAAGCACAUUGAAAUCCAAGCAGCACAGAACAGGAUUAUUGACGAGAAAUCCCUUAUCAAGAAAUACCAAAACGAGAUACGCUGCUUGAAGGAAGAGUUAGACCAGCUGAAGAGGGGUAUUGAUACAGUUCCCCAACUAAAAGAUACUGGAGGAGAUCAUAUUGUACUUCUUAAACAGAAGUUAGAAGAUGGUCAAGCUGAGCUCCAGUCAAGAUUGGAACAAGAGGAAGAAGCAAAAGCAGCUUUGUUGAGCCGAAUACAAAGGUUGACAAAAUUGAUUCUGGUCUCCACCAAAGCUUCACAGUCCUCAAGAGUUCCCCAGCGUCCUGGUCCAAGGAGGAGACAUUCUUUUGGGGAAGAAGAGCUGGCAUACCUACCACACAGGAGGCGGGACUUCAUCCUGGAUGAUGAGAACAUUGAUUUGUAUGUUUCUCUGGAAGCAAAUUCUGAAACUGUGGAUGAUCCAUUUAAAGGGGAGAAGAAGACUCGAAAGCAUGGCUUGCUAAACUGGUUAAAGCCACGGAAACGAGAUAGUGGCUCAGGAGCAUUGACAAGUACCAGUGAUAAAUCAAGUGGAGUUAAAUCUAACAGUACACCUUCCACCCCUCAGGCUGGAAGCAAUAAUUUUCAUGCAGAAUCGAGAUUUUCGCAAUCACUUCUUGCUGGAAGUUCUCCAUCUGCAGAUAUUUUAUCUGGGGUGAGGCUUGAUGGAGAAGUUCCAGAGGACAAUUACCUUGGACAAGAGACACCUUUGACUACCAUAAAAACAAUUGAUCAGAUUGAUCUACUAAGGGAGCAGCAGAAGAUUCUGUCAGGGGAGGUGGCACUUCAUUCAAGUGCUUUAAAGCGAUUGUCUGAAGAGGCUGCAAGAAACCCCAAGAGUGAACAAAUCCAAGUUGAGAAGAAAAAGUUGAGUGAAGAAAUCAGGGGCAAAAAUGAACAGAUUUCUUUGUUAGAAAAGCAAAUUGCUGAUUCCAUCAUGGCUUCUCACAACAAAAUGGACAAAUCAGAAAUAUCACAAUCCAUUGCUGAACUGGUUGCGCAAUUAAAUGAGAAGUCUUUCGAACUUGAGGUCAAAGCUGCAGACAACCGGAUAAUCCAAGAGCAGCUCAACCAAAAGAUCUGUGAAUGUGAAGGAUUGCAGGAAACAAUUGCCUCCUUGAAGCAGCAGCUCUCUGAUGCACUAGAAUUAAGAAAUAUGAGCCCUGCAGCCAGUUAUUCACAAGGAUUUUCUGGAACAAAAGGUCUCCAUGUGGAUGAAGUAGCAGCAGUACUAAAAGGCACAAAUGAAGAUUUGCGUCUAAAAGAACAGGCUGCUGAGAUUGAGGAUUUGAAGCAGAAAGUUUUUGAACUAACUCAGUUAAAAGAGCAGCUAGAACAGAAGAAUCAGAAACUGGCAGAUGAUGGUUCAUAUGCCAAAGGCCUAGCCUCAGCCGCUGCUGUUGAGCUCAAGGCCUUGUCGGAGGAAGUUGCUAAGCUUAUGAAUCAAAAUGAGAGAUUAACCGCUGAGCUAGCAGCAGCAAAGAACUCUCACACCCAAAGAAGAGUAGGUUCAGUACGAAAUGGCAGGAGAGAAAGUAUAAGCAAACGGUCUGAACAAUCUGGAUCGCAAUCAGAUCUCAAGAGAGAAUUGGCUAUGAGUCGAGAGAGAGAACUUUCAUAUGAAGCUGCUCUUCUAGGUAAAGAUCAACGAGAAGCUGAGCUUCAGAGAAAGGUCGAAGAGUCUAAGCAAAGAGAAGCAUAUCUGGAAAACGAGCUUGCUAACAUGUGGGUUCUUGUCGCAAAGUUGAAAAAAUCCAAUGUAGCUGAUGGUGAUGUUUCAGAGAGGACACGGGAGAGCCAGCAGGUUGAUGGUUUUGGAAUUUAAAAUGAAAUGUAGAGUUUAUAUUUUGGACCGAAUUCUCCUGUGAGGAUAAAUCGGCUUCCAGAAUCAUUGUUUUGAGUGAGUGGUAGUUUGUAGAAAGUGUUUGUUGUGCAUUGCAAGGUGAAGAUGUUGUGUAUUCCAAAUAACUUCGUUUUUUCUUUUGUUUUUGUUUUUUUUUGUUUUUUUUUUUCCCCCUUUUCUUAUUGAUUCCUCUCAUUUAUGUUGCAUCAAACAAGUUGUUUACUUUUUUGCUCACUCUUGGGUUCAUAAAUGAGGCAUUGUAAAUGAAAUUGGCUUCAGAUGUGCGUUAGUUUCAAUGGCCUUUUUAUUUUCCUGGGGGUUUAACUCUCUUUUUCUUUUUCUUUUUUGGGGGGCAUGUUUAGACGAAAUGAUAUGGUCUGUAUAUAGAAAUAAAUGGUUAAAUGCUUA